AGCAUCACCUUCUCUCCUCCUCUUCCUCACCCCAACCUCACCUCCUCAGCUCCAUUCCUGCAUUUUUGUCGGCCUUUAUCUUCAGGAAAGAUAAAAUAACACAAUUUGUUUUUUUCGGCUAAUCUCCUGUGUUUUCGGGCUUGAUCAUUGUUUGUUGUGCAGCAUCCAGAACUUGAGGUUCUGCUCCGUAUAUAUAGCAGUUUUGCAACGCACAGGCGGCUUCAGUCCUUUAGACACCUGCCGUAGUUUUGUGCUUGGGUUGCCCUGGCGAGUGCAACAACAACAUCAUCAUCAUCUGGAUACCAUAUCUGACCAAAUAUUUUUUUGGAUACUACAGAGUACAUACCAUCUAUUUGCCUUUCCAAAUCUGAGGGAAAAAAAAAAAAGGGAAAAAAACAAGAAGAAAAAAAACUGGUUUCCAUUUAUUUGCAUGAUUUUGUCCCCGCUAUCGGGUUGACUUCUGAUGGUUGCGAGAUAGUCGCUGCAAUUGUUCCUCCCACUUCUGAGAAGCACAUGAUGCCAGCCUGUUAAGCCAUCUCACUCCCCUCCUCAUCCCUCUUUCUCUCACUUUCUAUCCAUCCCGGCCAACAAGUUGGGUUCAUCUUCGAAGCCGGAAACGAUGCCCAAUCUAGCAGUGCCUGACGGAGGCUUGGAUCCUCAUCCACAGCCAGCUUCGGCCUCCAAGGCACCGCCGCGAGGGCAUAAAAAUCAUGGGAAACGGCAAAGGAAACACCAGCACUCCCAUCCGCCGGGCCCUCCCGAUGCAACAGGUCAGGGUCCUCCAGCCCAUGUAUGUUAUAACUGUGGGUCUCCCGACCAUUUCAUCCAGCACUGUCCCGAGAGGCGCCAGGAUGGCUAUUCCGGUUCUCAUCGACAUCCACAUCCUCCAAAACGACAGAAAACAUCAGGAUCACUGGAGUCGCAUUACCGCGGGAGUUCGUCCUCUCACAAGCAACGCUCUCGUCCUCAACGGGGCUUCACCCAUCCGCCUCCUCCCGACUAUCACCAGAUGCCCAAUCAGGGCCUAUAUGAACCGCCUCCUGGGCCUUAUCCUCCCCAACAUCAUGAUCCUUGGCAUCCACCCCCUUCUCAGCCUUAUGGGUAUCCUUAUGGACCCCACGAGCCGCCUUAUCCUUCAAGCUCCUAUGGCCCAUCAUACCCCAGCCCACGAGGCGCUCACGGGCCUAUGCACGGCCAACAAGAUUAUUUCCCCCCACCGUACGCCCGCCACUCUGGAGAAAGGGAUCACCCUCCUUAUCAGUCGGAGCGUCGACCGCCCCCGCCCAGGGAAUCACGUCGUGGGCAUGCUCGGGAAUACUGGAGUCGUUACGACAAUAUUCGCCCAAUCGCACCUACCGUCGAGCCCUGGAUGGAAGAUCUAGAUAUGGUGGAAAUCCCAGAGCCUAGGCAAGAUCCGAAUCAGAUUGUAUGGAGGCCUCCCCAACCCGUUGCCCGACCUCUCCCGUCAACGUUAACGGACCGUGAUGAGAUUACAAUGCCCCCGCCACUAGCAUCCUUGCCCCGUGGGAUGUCUAUAUCGAAAUAUAUUCUCGACAAGAAAGCCGAGGAGUUUACUUGUAACAUCAGGGAUACUGAAGAUUGGCCUUUUAUUAUGGAUGAUCCAAUUUUUAUGGAAAUCCCCGCGGAUGGAAAGUUAAUUUCGAUCAAAGAACUCCUUGCCAUUCAAAGCAAGGUCUACGAGACUCACCGGGUCGAACGCCCAUCCACACCUGAACCAAAAGAAGAUGAGAGCGAAGAGAUCAACGAAGAAGACAACGGCCAAGUCGAUGAAGAGGAAGCACAUGACGAUGAUUCGUAUGCAAGUGGCUCUGACAGACGUUACGAUGAUGACUCUAGAUCGUACGCCUCCUCCGAAGUGCAGGAUGAGCCCGCUUCACCCGUUUCUGGCAAAGCUAUUGAGCUUAAUGUCCAUGAGCAGCUGCGAGAUGAAGAUGACAGCGAACAUUCAGAAGAAAAUGAUACCCGAGAAAAGUCCAAUGGCCGACCAUGGCCUCGAGGCCGCAAUAAUCAUGACCACGUAAGACAUAGCGAUCCCGGACGCGAUAGUGAAUUUUCUAGUAGAAAACAACAGGCGUCCAACCGUCGUGUGAACAACAAUAAACCCCAACCAUGGUGGCGCCCAAGACCGCAGCAUCAACACCAGCUUCCACCGCCACCUCCACCGCCAAAGGACGAGCUACCUCCAUCGAAAAAGGUGUCAAUGGAGAGUAAAAGCCAAAUUCUUAGCGGCCACUCUACUUCCACUGGUCAUGACAACGACCAAAACGGCCAGCGGCAAGGCACUAAUAUCAACAAAAUCAAAUCGGAGGCACGUCAUGAGCACCGAGAGCCUCGAGGCCAUGCACAAGCCCAUCGUAACAGCCAUAAGCGGGUCAAAGCCGAAGAUCCUGACAGCGACGGCAACGAGCCUCGUCGCCAAGUUGACGACGUUACGCCGAGAAUGAAACGACGCCAGCCCCAGGUGGCUGAUGCCUACAGUCGUCGAUGGUGAGCCGGCGAGACGUACGUAAAGGACGACAGCCCAUUUACUUUUUCUUUCUCCUUUUCCUUCGAUAACCCAUACCCUUGAAUAUAUUUAAUAUAAGCUUGUCCUAGUUAGGGCUACGGCUUAUUCAACUCUCCUUCGCGAGGUCCUCUGAGGGUUUGUUUGAUCGGCAAGAGAUCAUAUAUAUCCAAAAUGUCACUUUUGGAUCAAUGUCUCUGCUCCAAGUGGCCACGCUAUUCGAUGCCGUGUGGAGCCAACCGCGCUGUCACAGGUCUCCACAAAGCCAAAGGCGUCUCCGUGCGAGAAACCGGGGCGAGAAGAUAUUUUUCCUUUCAAUUACCAUUCGGAUGGGUUAAAAAGAAAACAUUUCAUCUCUAUUACAAGAGCAUUUUUAAUUCGGAGUUCUGUGAUUACUCUUGCACUUUACCAAGUGCUGGUCAUUUUUCCAUAUUAUGGAGGCAUUUCUAUAUCCAUG